UUUGGACAGCUGCAUAGACUGAGCGCAACCCAGCGGGAAGGCAGGGAGUGCGGAGAGGAGGCCACCCACCAUGGCCCUAGGCUUGGAGCAGGCAGAGGAGCAGCGGCUGUACCAGCAGACCCUCCUGCAGGAUGGGCUCAAGGACAUGCUGGACCAUGGCAAGUUCCUUGACUGCGUGGUACGGGUGGGUGAACGUGAAUUUCCAUGCCACCGCCUGGUAUUGGCCGCCUGCAGCCCCUACUUCCGGGCGCGCUUCCUGGCUGAGCCAGAGAGUGCCGGCGAGCUGCGCCUGGAAGAAGUGUCCCCAGAUGUAGUGGCCCAGGUGCUGCACUACCUGUAUACAUCGGAGAUCGCGCUGGAUGAGGCGAGUGUGCAGGAUCUGUUCGCCGCCGCGCACCGCUUCCAGAUCCCGUCCAUCUUCACCAUCUGUGUGUCCUUCCUGCAGAAGCGCCUGUGCCUUGCCAACUGCCUGGCGGUCUUCCGCCUUGGCCUACUGCUUGACUGCGCGCGCCUCGCCGUGGCCGCCCGCGACUUCAUCUGCGCGCGCUUCUCGCUGGUGUCGCGUGACGCCGACUUCCUCGGACUCUCAGCUGACGAGCUCAUUGCCAUCAUCUCCAGCGAUGGCCUUAACGUGGAGAAAGAGGAGGCGGUGUUCGAGGCGGUGAUGCGAUGGGCGAGCAGUGGCGAUGCUGAGGCUCAGGCAGAGCGCCAGCGCACCCUGCCCACAGUCUUCGAGAGCGUGCGCUGCCGCCUACUGCCGCGUGCCUUCCUGGAGAGCCGCGUGGAGCGCCACCCUCUUGUGCGUGCCCAACCCGAGCUGCUGCGCAAGGUGCAGAUGGUGAAGGAUGCACACGAGGGCCGCCUCACCGUGCUGCGCAAGAAGAAGAAGGAGAAGGGAAAGGAGGCAGCGGGAGCCAAGGCCACUGAAGGCACAGCAGAAGCCAAGGCAGAAGAGAAUGAGGAGGAAGAUGAGCGUGUCCUACCUGGGAUUCUCAAUGACACCCUGCGCUUUGGCAUGUUCCUGCAGGACCUCAUCUUCAUGAUCAGUGAAGAGGGCGCUGUGGCUUAUGAUCCAGCAGCCAACGAGUGCUACUGUGCAUCCCUCUCCACCCAGAUCCCCAAGAACCAUGUCAGCCUGGUGACCAAAGAGAACCAGGUCUUCGUGGCUGGGGGUCUUUUCUACAAUGAGGACAACAAAGAGGACCCCAUGAGCGCUUACUUCUUGCAGUUUGACCACCUGGACUCAGAGUGGCUGGGUAUGCCGCCUCUGCCAUCGCCGCGUUGCCUCUUCGGCCUGGGAGAGGCUCUCAACUCCAUUUACGUGGUCGGCGGCCGAGAGCUCAAGGACGGCGAGCGCAGCCUGGACUCGGUCAUGUGCUACGACAGGCUGUCAUUCAAAUGGGGCGAAUCAGACCCGCUGCCUUAUGCCGUGUAUGGCCACGCGGUGCUCUCCUACAUGGACCUUGUCUAUGUCAUUGGUGGCAAAGGCAGCGACAGGAAGUGCCUGAACAAGAUGUGCGUCUAUGACCCUAAGAAAUUCGAGUGGAGGGAGCUGGCCCCUAUGCAGAUGGCCCGCUCACUCUUCGGGGCCACCGUCCAUGAUGGCCGCAUUUUCGUGGCUGCUGGGGUCACAGACACAGGGCUGACCAGUUCGGCGGAGGUGUACAGCAUCACAGACAACAAGUGGGCGCCCUUUGAGGCCUUCCCACAGGAGCGCAGCUCACUGAGCCUGGUCAGCCUGGCGGGUACCCUCUAUGCUGUCGGUGGCUUUGCCACGCUGGAGACUGAGUCCGGAGAGCUGGUUCCCACAGAACUCAAUGACAUAUGGAGAUAUAAUGAGGACGAGAAGAAGUGGGAGGGCGUCCUGCGGGAGAUUGCCUAUGCCGCUGGGGCCACCUUCCUACCUGUGCGGCUCAACGUGCUGCGCCUGACCAAGCUGUGACCCACCCUGAGGCCUGACUGUGCCCCGCCCCUCCAUGCUGUGGCCUGUGCAGGCCUGGAGUGUGGGAGAGGCAGAACCUACCUGGAUCCCAUCCUGUCAUAGUGCCUGAGGGGCUGCUUCAGCCAGGAAAGGAAAAUUGCUGCCCAGUCCUAGUUUUAGGGCAGGAAGGGGACACUUUCAGCCUCUCCAGUGUCUCCAUACCCCUCAGUGUUUUUGGCCCAUGAGGCAGAGUCUUGGGGGAUGUCCCUGGCCUGGCUGUGUGUGCUGGUAAAUUCCCACAGGAUUCAGUCUUCUUGCCUGUCAGAUAGGGAGUGUCCCCAUUGAGUGCAUAUCUUGCAGCCUAGAUGAGUCUCCUUCUCCUCCUCGGAAGAAUAAAAGGCCUUCCGAGCAAGCAGCUUGGGGUUUGGGAUCAGGUGUUCCAAGCAAAAAUCCCAGGCUUCUGUAUUCAGAUGUUGGGUUGCCAAGGUCGGUGGUCUCUGCCCUCCACGUGUGUCUCCUCCAUAGUCUGUAUGCACCAAGAGCUUGAACCCCAACCAGGAACCUCGAGCUCAUCAUUCAGUAUGGAUAGGGAGCCAGAAGACUGCUGGGGGAUGGAGCAGGGAACAGCCAACCAUGGUAGAAAAAUCUUUUAUUCUAUCGGUCAGGCCCCAUCUGGCCUGGGCUGGGCCUGGGCCCAGGAACAGCUAAGCAGAGCCUGUUCCUCUUCCUGUCCCCUCUACUCUGGCUUCUCUUUGUCCUGCUUCUGCUCCUCCUCCAGCGCCAGGGUUCGCUCUCGCUCCUUCACCAGUUGGACACCACAGUAGGUGACAAACAGGACAGCCAGCGUGGUCUGGGGGAACCCUGUAUGGGGCGGAAGUCAUGGUGUCUGGGAGCAGCGCCAUCCCCCAACCCAGUGACUGUUCUCUCCCCACUUGACUGGUUCUCCCUGAUGAGUCCUUGGGGAACUGUGGUGCAGUAGGGACAUUUCAGGAGGUCAGAGUCCUCCACACUGACGCCUGGUACAUACUGUAUCCCCUGUCCCUCACCUCUGAGUAGCAGGCGCUGUGCGACCAGUUCUGUGAACUCACGGCUGUUCAGGCUUACAAGGUUGUACAUGAUGAUGGCCCAGAAGUUCAUGGCUCCAAAGAUGGCUCGGACCCUGCGGGACAUCUGCUCCGACAGAGAGGCCUGCUUAGUCCAGGAAAACAUUGUCAGUGAGGCAAGAGGCACAGGGGAAAGAGGACACAGUGGUCAGAGGCCUUGCCCACAUGGCCACCCAGGUCCGGGGAUAUGCCUGUGUCUCUUAGAGUCCCAGGUCAGGACUCCCUCAUUGUUAAAGAUGGGAAACCGAAGUCUGGAGAGAGGAAGGGCCUGGAGCACAUGCCCUGCACCCUGCAGAAGGUAGGGAGGGCUAGAUACCCACAGGGGGAGCCAUUGCCCUGACAACCAGGAGGGUAGUGGUGAAAAAGUUCUAGACUGGGAACCAGGUGUGGCUGGAAAACUCUAGAGAGCAGUGGUGCCACCCCCUCCAGUGCCCCAGCAAUUCCCAGCCCCAGGCCUUCCCUGCUCACCUCAAUGUGUGCUAGGGGUCCCCACUCUGCCAGCUUCUGUACCCAGAGCUCAAAGUUGAGGCCAAAGCAGUUAAGGCAUGACCACAGGUAGACAAUAUCACAAGGCCCAAGCCACAGAGUGGUGAUAGCAAAUGUGGCCACAGUGGCCCCCAGCUCUGGGAUCACCGAAGAGUGCUCCCCACCAAUGUGGUCAUACACGUACCUGCAGGAAAGGUGGGGAAAGGGGCCAGUGGGAGUGUGGGAAGAGGCAGGUGGGAGAUAGGCAAAGGAUACACUACAGGGGCAGCCUUUUCAACACUGUCAUCCUGGAUAUAUUCAACAUUCCAGGCCUCAGGUGGCUGUUCCUCCUCUACCCAAAUUCAAAAUGUGGAGGGAUCAGCCUCAAACUUCCUGUCUUCUUUAGCUGCAUUUAUUCUCCAAGUGAUCUCAUCCAGACUCAAGACACCUAAUACAGUCUCUAUGCUGAUGAGCCCCAAAUCUGUCUUUUAGUCCAGUCUCUCUCCUGGACUUCUCACAUGAAUGACUGAAUCCCUCGCACCUGCUCAAACCCACUUUCUAGCUCCCAUCUUAGAGCUAAUGACACCACCAUCCAUUCAGUUGCUGGCUAGAAGCCUUGGUGCCAUCUUGGAUUUUCAAUUCCCCUCUCCACUCACAUCCAAGCCAGCAAAUUCUACAGGCUCUCCUCAGUCCUGAGCACUGCUCACCACCUCCACUAACAUCACCCUAGCCCAGGCAGUCAUCUCCUCUCACCUGGAUUAUUGCAAGAGUCUCUUUAAGUCGUCUCCCUGCUUCUGCCUCUGCCCCCUACCAUCCAUUCUCCAUACAGCAGCUAGAAGCAUCUUUUAAGAGUGUAACCUGGAUCACCUCACUUCCAUAAUCAAACCCUCCCCUAAAAGCUCCUCAUUACAUUCAGAAUAAUCUCAACCACCUUCUUAUGGCUAGAUGAUCCUACAUUGUCUGGUUUCUGUCUCCCUCCCUGACUUCAUCACUCACCACUCUCCCCCUCGUUCACUAUGUUCUCUCCUUACUAGUCUUUCUGACCCUCAGACACAUACAGCUGGUUCCUGUCAUAAGGCCUUUCUACCUGUUCUUCCCUUAGUCUGGGAAUUCUCCAGAUUUCCUUAUCACUCAAUUCUCAGUUCAUCUCACAGAGGCCCGCCCAGACCCCAAAUAAAGAAGUUUUUAUCCCAUUA